UUGCAGUGAUAAUGAUUCUCUGACACUGCUGGAUUUUGUGGUGCAAAUAUUUCAUACAUGAUAUAAAAACUAAAACAUACCAACCUUUCAACAUAAAGGUACAAAAGAUUCAUGCAAAAGGAUUAAGGAAAUUUCUUUAACUGAUUACAAAAAUGGCAGUGUCAGGAGAAAAUCUUCCAGACUUUCAAUCUUCAGUGUCAAAAGGUCCAGCAGAGGAUUUAAACCAGGAGUGUGAUCCCUGUUUGAGUGAUGGUCAACAUGAAGAUGCUCAUGGUAACUGUGUAGACUGCAAAGAGUAUCUCUGCAAAAACUGCCUUAAAUUUCACCAAAAAACCAAGGCUUUAAAUCACCAUCAACUGCUGAACAUAGAUAACAUGGGUGAACAAAAGAGUCCUUCAACAACCUCUCAAGCAUGCCCUGAAAAAUGCACCAGACAUGCUGAUAAAGUUAUUCAGUUCUUUUGUCGAGAACACAAGGAACUUGGAUGCCAUGUUUGCAUGACCAUUGACCACAGGACAUGUAAGAUUGACUAUAUUCCUGAUACUUGUGCAGGCAUAGGGGACAGUGAAGAAUACAAGGGGACAAUAUGGCUGAUAAAUCAAAGGAUGAAAAAAAUAAAUUCCGUAAUGAAAAAGGCAACAGCCAGGGAUAUGGAGAUUGAUGUCUGCUAUGAUAACCUCACCAAAGAAAUUGUCAAAUUCCGAAAAGAAAUAAAUGAUCGUUUAGACCAACUGCAAAAACAACUUGAGAAAGAGGCUGACAGAAAGAAAUCUGAUGAUAAACAAAUCAUCGAGAAAGCACUUCAAACAUGUACAAAUGUUUCUGCUGAUAUGAACAAAUAUCUGUCAUGUUUAAGUUCUAACAAUCAAUCAAAACAGAAUGGGAAACUUUACAUCAACAUGAAAAAAGCUCAGUCCAAACUAAAAUCAGAUGAAAUAGAGAAGGCUGAAGAAACUUUAGAAAAGACAAACAUGCAAUACAACUUUGAACGUAACAAAAACGUAGAAGAUGUGCUGUCCAAACCAAACAUUCUCGGUAACCUCAACUUAUCUGACACCCUAGGCAUGCCAAGAAAGAAAGUUGACAAGCUCAUCAAAAAAGAAGAUAUAAAUGUAAGAACAAAGUCAGAUACUGGUCGGUAUUACUGCAGUAUCACAGGAUGUGCUGUCUUGUCCUCUAACAAACUGGUGCUGGCUGAUAGCUGUAACAGCAAGCUUAAAGUUGUAGACAUACAAAGUAAAACUGUGACAGAAGAGAAAAAACUUGACACAGAACCAUGUGACAUUGCCACAAUGCCUGGGGACCAGAUUGCUGUUUCACUGCCAGACAACAGUGAGGUUAUCAUAAUGAAAGCAGCUAGUAAUCUGACAACUGUCCACAAGAUUCCAGUUAAAUGUAAUUGCUAUGGUAUAUCUUAUCAUCAAGAUCAUCUCUAUGUUGUUUGCCAGAACCCUAACAGUGUACUGGUACUGGAUACACAAGGUAAUGUCCAGAACACAAUCUCCUUGAAUAAUGACAUAUUUAAAUACCCACGAUAUAUUGUGGUAAGUGAGGAUUCCAGACAUAUCUAUAUCAGUGACUGGGGUAGCAACUGUACAGUCUGUAUAACAUUACAAGGUGAUGUAUCAGCUGUAUACAAACACGAGAAACUUAGACAACCGCAGGGAAUGUUGCUGUUAGAUGAUGGAUCAUUGCUGGUGUGUUGCUACAGGAGAAACACCAUUCAUCAUAUAUCAGGAGACUUGAAGCAAGGUAAAAAAAUGACUGAUGGUCUAUCAUACCCAAAGUCUAUAUGCUACAGUCAUCAUCAUGAUGAAGGCUAUAUAGGCUGCGAUAGUAAUCAUCUAAAGAGUUACAAUUUGAAAUAAAAUGUAAAUAUCUACUGCAGUUCCUAAGUAUGAAAAUCAACUUUUUCUAAUACUUUAAUCUGUAAAUAACCUUUACUUGCUUUGUUAAAAUAACAAAACUGAGAUAAAGUGUCUACCUUUGUCAUAAAUAACAACAGUUGUUUAAAUUAUUAAUAAAUACUUUUAAAUAAUUUAAUAUUGUACUGAAACAGUCCUAUAAACAAUGAAAAAGAAAUGUUUUCUCAUUUGAAAUGUCAAUUUCAUACAGGUAAACUAUAUUUCAGAAUCUGUAUUCUGUUUUUAUCACAUCACUGACACUGUAUUUCGUUAAUAAGUUUGCAAAAGACCAUUUAACAAGAUCUACUUUAGUAAACAAAGUAUAUGCAAAAUAUUCAUUUAAUAGUCCAUUGCAUCGUAUUGUUGACUUUUAUUUUUUUAAAGUUUCUGUGACAAUAAGCUAAACAAAACCCCAGUUUCAAAGAAAUAUCGACCAUAAUAUGUCCUGUCAAGAAAUAUAAGAGCUGCGCCAUGAGAAAACCAACAUAGUGGGUUUGCGCAGUCUGGUCAGGAUCCAUGCUGUUCGCUUUCAAAGCCUAUUGCAAUUAGAGAAACUGUUAGCGAACAGCAUGAAUCCUGACCAGACUGCGGGGAUGGUCUGGAUCCAUGCUUGUCGCAAAGCCAUUAUGUUAGUUUUCUCAUGGCGCAUUUUGUUGGUUUUGUAUGGUCAUUUGGAACAACUGCCAAUCAUUUGACUGCAGCAGUAAAAUAGAAUAUAGAAUAAAGUUUAUGAUACUGUCAAAAGAAUUAUUUUUCUACAUCUGUACUGCAUAAUUUUAAUGUAAACUUUCAUUUUCAUAUAUCCCAUGAAUAUGAUAUAUCAAUAUUUAUCAGAAAUAAAUAACUUUUU